UGAAAAUGGUUAUGUUUUAGUGAGAAAGCAAGAUCAUCUUCUCUGUGUUGUUGAUAUACUAGUACUACUAAUAAGAAGCAAGAAAUCUUGAUCGGCGUUGACUAAUUUCAGACAUGGCGACGUCAGCAACGGCACACAAGAAGCUAUUGAGCGUGGGCACCAAGAUCGUCGCCGUUGGCCGUAACUACGCCGCUCACGCCAAAGAGCUCGGCAACGCCGUUCCCAAGGAGCCGGUGUUGUUUAUGAAGCCAACGUCGUCGUAUUUGCCUAAUGGAGGCACCAUAGAGGUCCCACACCCACUCUCCUCACUUGAUCAUGAGGUUGAGCUGGCUGUUGUCAUUGGCCGAAAAGCUCGCGAUGUUUCUGAAUCCGCUGCUAUGAAUUAUAUUGGAGGUUAUGCACUUGCCUUGGAUAUGACUGCAAGGGAAAUUCAGGCUUCGGCAAAGUCUGCAGGUCUUCCUUGGACUGUGGCUAAAGGGCAGGACACCUUCACACCUAUUAGCUCUGUUCUUUCACAGGCAAUGGUUCCAGACCCUCACAACUUAGAGUUGUGGCUCAAGGUAGAUGGUGAACUUCGGCAAAAAGGCUCUACUGCAGAUAUGAUAUUUAAGAUCCCAUUUCUCAUAAGCCACAUAAGCUCUCUCAUGACUCUUCUUGAAGGAGAUGUUAUACUAACAGGCACCCCACAAGGUGUCGGUCCUGUAAAAGUUGGUCAAAAGAUAGAUGCUGGUAUAACAGGGCUACUGGACAUCCAAUUUAAUGUUGAACAGCGCAAAAAGACAAAAAGUAGCUAAACAAUCAUGCAUCAAGUCUGCUUUUAAUUAGAUAAGUUCUCUAAUCUGUUAGGAUUACGGAUCCAAUGAGUUAUUAUUAAUGCUCUGGCAACGAAUAUAUACUUUCAGUUAUUUCUCUUCACCAAAGAUGUGCCUGAUGUAUUUUAACUAUAGCCAAGGAGAUAUCUUUUUGUUUCUGGAA